UAUAUAUAAACUCAUUUCUCACCUCUUCCACCACCACAACCACCGUGUCAACUCAACUUCAACCACCAAACGCCACCGUUUUGCUCUCUUCAUUUAUUAUGGCUGAUUUAACUUUCAAGAAGCGAGUCCGAGCUGACUCGGACGAGUUAGAUCUAGAAUCGUCCGAGGCAAAGCGACUCAGGGAGGAUCUCCUCGAGUUCUUCGACGACACCGAUCCCACAACGCCGUCGACUCAGGAUCUUGACUCUGUUAUCAGGAGCCUGCAAGAGGAGAUCUCUGCGUCUUCCUCCCCUGCUCCCCUUCGUGUGACUACGUCAGAUUCCGGCCAGAUCGGGUACUUACUGGGAGCCUCCGACGACGAGCUGGGGCUUCCGCCGACGGAGGACUUGUCGUCGGUGGUGGUGCAGGAGGCGGAGAUGUUCCGUGUUCCGCCUGAGUCAGCUUCCGGGAUCGGUGAGUUGUGGGGGUUUGAGGACCAGAUGCCGAGUUAUGACUCGUUCGGGUUGGGAAACGGGUUUGGGUAUGAAAGCAAUACUGAUUACGUGGCGUUUGAUGGGUUGUUUGAUCAUUCUGAUGUGUAUUAUGACUCGAAUGAGUUUUCUGAUUCGUGGCGGCAAGAGACCAUGCCGGCGGCACAAUAAACUAUUUUGUUUUAAUUUCUUAGACAUGUAAAUCUUUUUUUUUAUUCACCUCACCUAUUUUUGUUCCCUUUAAUAUAGAUCUAAGAUAAAGGGAAUUACAGCAAAUUAUAUACGUAUGAGUUAGGAUAACAUGAUGAAGCUGUGAAUUUAUGAAGGAUGCUUAAGGAGGUUUAUGGUUAAAAA